AUACUGGCAACAUUUUUAGUGAUGGCCGAUAUUUCAGUUGGAAAGGAUGCUGGAAAGCAUUUCUGAAUUUUAGUGUUGAAGUAACCAAUAUUUGCUAAUUCGGUGUUUUACAGUGAAUUUAAUAAAAAUAAAAGAACUGUGUGUAACGUGGUGACUAAAUUGUGUGAACGCGAGAAGAAUUAUUGUUGUGUCCUUACUGUAAUAGGAUUGUGGUCAAUAUAUCUAUUGGAUUACUGUUCUGCUGCUCUGCUUAUUUAAUUGUUGUGGACUAUAGAGUCAUCGACAAGUGCAGUGUCAUCGAUGAGAAGCCGUUAGACCAAGCGUGGCCACGCCGCGGUUGCUAACUUAGGGGCGGUGUGUGAGUGUCGCACCGCUAUGUCUCACCACAGCGACGAGCAGGCGCUGCUCAGCGUCACGUCAGACUCGUUCUGGGAGCCGGGGAACUAUAAGCGGACCACCAGGAGGGUAGACGACGGACACAGACUGUGCAGCGAGCUGCAAGCGCUGGUGCAGGAGAGGGCGGACAUUGAGAAGACAUACGCGAAGAGUCUGAGAGGAUGGGCGAAGAAAUGGAACGAUCUUAUUGAGAAAGGUCCCGAAUACGGCACAAUGGAAGCAGCGUGGAAAGGCGGGAUGGUGGAAGCGGAGAGGCUCUCAGACCUGCACCUCAGCGUGCGGGACAGACUGGUCAACGACGUCAUAGCGCAAAUUAAGAACUGGCAGAAGGACACCUAUCACAAGUCAAUGAUUCAGCUGAAAGAGCGCAAAGAAAUGGAUGAGGCGUUCAAAAAGGCGCAGAAGCCAUGGGCCAAACUCCUACAGAAAGUGGAGAGGACGCGGUUGGAGUACCACACGGCCUGUAAGCAGGAGAGAACAGCGCAGAACCAGGAGAGGAACGCCAGUGGGGACAGUUCGCUGAGUCCUGACCAGCGGGCGGCGUCGGUAAGCGUGAAGAAAAUGGCGGAAAGGGUCUCCAAAUGCCGCGAGGAAGUCGCGAAGAACCGGGAGAAGUAUCAGGCGGCCCUCGCCGAGAUCACGGCGUACAACCCCCGCUACAUCGAGGACAUGACGGGUGUGUUCGAGCGGUGCCAGCAGAUGGAGGCGCAGCGGCUGACCUUCUUCAAGGACGUGCUGUUCAGCUUCCACAAGUGUCUCAACAUCAGUCAGGAGCCACAAUUACCACAGAUAUAUGAGGAGUUCCACCACACGAUCAACAACGCUGACCAUCAGAAGGACCUUAAGUGGUGGGCGAACAACCACGGGAUCAAUAUGGCGAUGGCGUGGCCCCAGUUCGAGGAGUACACGGAGGAGUUCCGGGACAUCGCCAAGGGCAAGUCCAAGGAGAGCCUGCCCACCGGCCCCAUCACCUUGCUCAACCAGCGGCCCGUCAGCGAAGACGAGCUGCCACCAAUAACGAACAACAAGUCCAGCGGCAAGGCCGCCAACCACACGGAUGCGCCCGCGCCGACGACUGUAGUCAACAACACGAACAAUUCCACUGCUAACAAUACCAUUGACAAGAAGACCAUUAGUGCGCCCAUUGCUGUCACCAUCAACCACCUGGAGAUCUACAACUGCGUGCCAUCCAACUACCGUCCAUGUCCAUCCUACCUCCGCAUGACGCUGAGACCGGAGUCCAGUAGGAGUUGUUACACCAUCACUGAUAUGACCGAGUUCGCCUUGGAAAACGGCACGGCAUCAGCGCCGAAAUCGAACAAGAGUUCCCCCGCGAAGGAGUCCGCGAAAGGGGCUGAAAAUCCAUUCGAAGAGGACGAGUGGGACGAGGAGUCCGCCGGAGCCCUAACUGACACCGGCGAGCCUGGGGUGCCUGUGCGGGCGCUGUAUGAUUAUACGGGGGCAGAGAGCGAUGAACUGAGCUUUAGACAAGGUGAUUUAUUCGAAAAGCUGGAAGAUGAAGACGAGCAGGGCUGGUGUAAGGGACGGAAAGACGGGCGCGUCGGCCUCUACCCCGCCAACUACGUUGAGCCGGUCGGACAUUAACGCUACGACAUCGUAACGACAUCGCGACGACAUCGCAGCGACAUCGCGACGCAGUACACCUGACGCGCACACCGAUUUUCGUUUCACGAUUCCACAACUUUUUUUUGUAUGUUCAUUUAAUCCCAUUGGUAUACGAAGAUUGCCUUUUGUAAUCUUUGUCAUAACCAAAAACCAAGCGAGUCGAGUCGAGACGUUUCGUUUUGUUGAAAAAUCAAAAUCAUGCCAUAUAUUUUUUUAUGAAAAUUAUGAGUUUUCUUCCUGUUGUGGUCGGUUUACUGGUGAAUGAAAAUUUCGUUUUAUGUGUGCCAGUCGCGAUAUUUGAAUGAAUGAUUUAUUAAGUACAUCGAUAACCCCAAAUUUAGAUGUCGCAGAAACAAAUGUCUUAUGAUCUUUUUGUCUCCGUGUGAAAGUCCAUCGAAAAAAAUUCAAGUCUUUUUGACGUUUUUAAUUGUCGACAUCGCAUUUUGCAAAAUUUUGGACCCAAAUUUUUGUACAUUUCUAAAGAGAUUUUUUGAUUGGAUAUUCUAGACAACAUAUGAGUGAGGCGGAAUUAAGUUCAGGCUAUUUUUGGAUGAAAUUGUAGGUACAAUGUGAAAACCAAAAAUGUUAAUUUGUAUUAGUGACUUUUUACAAUGUGGUUUUACAUUUAUAUCGAUUUUUUUCACCGUCGUGUUGCAAACGUUUCUUUCUACAUCAGUGUUUGAAAUUUGAAAAAAAAUGUAAUGAUAUUUGACGUUGGCAACACGAUGGUAUACUUAUUCCGACCAUAGAUAAUACCUGCAAGGUUAAACGGUUUCUGUUUUCUAUAUUGCCGUCUCUUUUAUUCAAGUAAUGAAGUAGAACUUCGGUUUAUUGGUCUUGGAAAAAAAUUAAGGCAAAAACUAGCCGAUUGUCUAUUUCUCAGGCCUAAAUGGGUAUUAUCUAAAGUCUCAUACAUGUCAGUAGUAGACGACGCGCGAAAUCUAUUGGGGGGGUAACCUAGCUAAGCCAAAAAGUGUACGCCAAUAUAUAGUAUAGGCAACCAAACUAGUGGCAAUGGGAUUUGUGAUAUAUAUGUGGCUGGUUGUCACUGCAAGUAGGAGUGGUUAUGUACAUAUACACGAUUGUAUGUUUUCGUCGUAUAGGAUAUUUAUUUCCCAUUGUAUAUAAUGUAUCAUGUUAUAACGCAUAUAACGGGGCCGGGCGCUUGCUUCGAUCUGAUGUCGGGCCUAAUUUUUUUAACGCCCAUUUUAAGUCACCUGUAUUAGCGUAGAUUUUUUGUAGAGGUGCUACACCUACACUUGUGCCAGAUUAGUUCAGUGUUGGGCUUCGACCAAAGAAGCCAAAUGUUGUAUAUAAAAAUUGUAAGUCAUCGAAAAUCACAUGUCAAGGCCAUUGCUCGCGCUUUUUUGCAUUUUCAAAAACUAUUUUCAAGGCCUGGAUAUUAUAACCAAAAAUUGAAAAAAAAGAAGCGCGCGAUGGCUACAUUCCGUUGUACGUUAAGCGCCCCUUCGUUGUUAGGUUAGAAUAAUAAUUAUUAUAUGUCCCGAUAAUGUUUACCUUAUUUUUCAUUUUUUACCUCGUUCUGAUAUUGUUGUACAUGUAAUUUAGUCGGGAAGUCAUUAGUCGAGGUUGCAUUUUACCACUUGACUUGUGAAACGGACUGGAAUUCACUUUAGUCGUAUUUCUUGUUUUUCUUUGUUAUGGGUUAAGACCUUGUGCAAAUUCUUUGUAUUAUAUUAUUAUCAGAGAGAAGGUGGCAUCGGACCACAUAUGUUAAUAUAUUAUUAAUAUUGGUAAAAUAAAAUUGUUACAUAUGA